AAGAAGUUUGUAUUAAAAGGAGUCCCAAGUUGAAAUUAUUGAUAAGCAGGGUCACGAAACAGUAAUUUCGAUAGUAAUUUUAUAAUUAUAUAUCAAUAAUAUAAUAUUUCAAUCUUGUUUUAAAAAAAAAAAAAAAAUACAAUGAAUUUAAAAUCGUUAGUUUUGUUAAAAAUUUUAACUCUUGUGUAUUUGCAUCAAUGUUAUUCCGCAGUAGCAGGCGACCCCUGCAUUCCGUCACCAUGUGGCCCAUAUGGACAAUGUAAAACUAUUAAUGGAAGACCAAGUUGCUCUUGUUUAGUUGGUUGUAGACCCGAAUGUAGAAUUAACGCUGACUGUGCAGAUAACAAAUAUAGUGAACCUUGUUCAGGAUUAUGCGGAUUUAAUACCGAAUGCAGAGUUGUUAACCAUACACUUAUUUGUAGCUGUAAUAGCGGUUACACCGGUAAUCCUUAUAUUGAGUGCUGGGCAAUAUGAUUAUUGAUAGAUUUACACUGAUG